AUGACGUACUUGCACUGGAAUAAAGGAGAGGAGAUGACCCCUACUAUUGAUGGAAAAGCAGUAACUCUUGUUCGGAAAUUGCCAACUGUAGACCCCACGUGUGUUUUUGUAGGAGAUGUUGUGGUUUUGAAGGACCCUGAGAAGCCAGAUAACUACCUUGUCAGAAGAUUAACUGCGAUUGAAGGUUAUGAAAUGGUUUCUACCGAUGAAAACGAUGAACCCUUUACUCUCGAGAAAGAUCAGUGCUGGGUAGUGGCUGAAAACGAAAAAUUGAAACCUAAGGAAGCGAAUGAUAGUCGAACAUUUGGUCCAGUUCAGAUGACAGACAUUGUAGGCAGAGUCAUAUAUUGCCUCCGAAGCGCCGUAGACCAUGGCCGAGUACAAAACAGGAUACACCAGUGUUGGAAGUGGAACUUGAUGUUGAUGAGAUGGCAAAGAGUCACAAAGCCUGAGGUUUUGUGCCGGGAAGCACUAACUAUGGCAUUGAGUGAGAGUUCCCUCUCAUCUCCUCUGCUCUCAAAACCUCAAACAAUGUCGCAAACGCUGCAUCCUUUCCUCGCCCAAAACCUUGGAUGUGGAAUGGCAGAAGGCAAGUGUCUCCCAUGUUCUGGUGUUUCUGGACGAACUGCUGCCGUAUAUCCUUACUCUUCUCCAGGUCAUCACAUAAUUCAUUCCCAUGUCAAAGUUAGAGGACUAAAGUGUGGCUAUCGAGGUGCAUCUUUUGUAUGUGAAGCAAAGAGAAACCCAGAUUUCUCAAGGCAAAACAAGCACGGGCACUCCAGAGGCAGGAACAGGAACAAUGAUGGGAGAGAUAGCUUUGAAAACUUUGAUGAUGAUAUGUUCUCUUUGAAAAAUGGACCACCUGUGUCUCUUUCAACCUCAGGAAAAUUCCAGGCCACUUCAGCCCCUGGUCCUAGAGAGAAAGAGAUUGUAGAGCUAUUCAGGAAGGUCCAGGCUCGGCUGCGUGAGAGGGCUGCAUCCAAAGAAGAAAAGAAAGUUGAAACCUCCCGAGUGCAGAAUAAAGAGAACAAUACUGUAGAUUCCCUCCUCAAACUGCUGAAGAAACACUCAGUUGAGCAAGUGAAGAGAAGUAGCGGAGGGGGCAGGGGUGAUGAUCUUACUUCAGAUCAGUUGCAAGAUGGUAACCAAUACGAUGGAGGACAAAACACCAAAUUUUCUGAUUUGGACAGUACUUCGAAGGAAAACACCAAAUUUUCUGAUUUGGACAGUACUCCCAAGGAUGAUCCCCAAGAGGGUCAUGUCUCCUCUUCCACAGUAACUAGGCCCCGGUCAAGUUUCCAGAGAAGGUCUCCCGUUCCUCGUGUAAAAUACGAGCCCGUCUCUAACAAUGAGGAUGGUGUGAAUGUCUUGCCAGUAGGUAGUGAGGAUGGAGAGGACAACGAUGAUCAGAUAGAGUUGAAGCAUGACGAUGAACCACAGCCUGACUCUGAAUCAUAUAUUGAUUCAAAGGAUGAGUUGUUCUUCCCAAACAUAGGGAUAGCUGAAUUGUCAGAUGAUGAUGAUUCUGAGCAAACCGAUAAUGAUGAAAGUGUGGAGGAGCAGGUAGCAGUUCCACACGAAGAUUUGAGUGCACUGAAGCUAUCUGAAUUGAGGGCACUUGCAAAGUCUCGAGGCCUGAAAGGGUUCUCAAAAAUGAAGAAGAGUGACCUUUUGGAGUUGCUAACUGAGAGUUAA